UCUUCCUUUACUGUGUUUUUCAUGGGAAAAAUUGACGUGUUUGCCAUUUCCGUAUGUUCGGCUUUAUUACGUGUUUGUUAUUCAUUGUUUUAGCAUUAUCUUCAGCGAAUCUGUGGAGAUGCAACAUCGAUGUGACAGCGGUGCUUCUUAGAAGUUAGAUCUAGAAUUUUACUGCUAGAAAGAGACGCUUUUCGUUAAAAUGUUUCGUCAUGGUCGUUUGUUGAUCUGGUGUUUGCUUCCCCUUUUAACAUAUUUGGUGACGCAAUUCUCGUAAAGAAUUCAGCGAGGUUGUGUUAAGCAUGUCUUGAGAUUUCUUUGGAAGUACAUGUUGAAGUCGAGACUCUUGUGUUCCUCUGCACUGGAGUUCAACUCGAGAAUCAUGGGUCGUGGCAUCAGCAAUGGUGGCGGACAGAGCUCUUUGGGCUACCUUUUUGGGAGUGGAGAAGCUCCAAAUCCGAAUCCCAACACAAACAAAACUGAGGCUCUUCAGAACCAGAAAGAGGUUGCAAAGCAUGGACCUUCUCAGGAUUCUAGUCCGGCUGUGCCACGGGCAGAGGUUGUGCCACGGGCAGAUGUGGGCAAGGAGAUUCCUGCUGGUGUUCCAGGCAACAUGGUGAACAACUACUUUCGUGCUGAUGGCCAGAAUCGUGGAAACUUCUUAACGGAUCGUCCUUCAACAAAGGUUCAUGCAGCUCCUGGAGGUGGAUCUUCCCUGGAUUACCUGUUCAGUGGUGGCGGGAAGUGAAGCCAUUAAACUUUUGAGAUUUGUAAGCGGCGAUUUCUUAAUACGUUAAGGAUGAAGGAAUUUGUAUUUGAGUAAUAUGUGGGAUAUGGUGGGUGGACAUCUAGGCUUUGAAUCCUCAACUAAUGUCUGAUAUUAUCAAGCUAUUUGUAUAAUGGAUCCUUGUGGCCAGACUCAGCAGCUGCAUAUUGUUGGAACCUAACAACUCUUUAAUGUGAAGUGUCUUAUGAGUUACUACUA